AUGGCGACGGCGGGCGAAGGAGGAGACCCAACCACCACAACUGCCACCUCAUCCUCUUAUGAAGGCGGCGGCAGAGAAGGGGUGGGAGGAAAGUCCCGGAAGAGGCCGUUCCGCAGAGCCCACCGUACGACGCCCUACGAUCGCCCACUCACUGCUCUCCAGGGAAUUACCACCACCGCCACCAGCAAUAACAAAUCUAGCUGGUUGAGUAAGCUUGUGGUGGACCCCGCCUCCAAGCUCAUCUCUUAUGGGGCUAACCGCUUCUUUGCCUCCGUUUUUCUCAAACGCCUCCCCCCUCCUCCCCAACCACCAGAGGCAAAUAGUGAAUUGAGUGGCGGGCUUACGGAGGCAAUUCCUAAUAAUCAAUCUGGCACAAAGGAGCUUGCCGGUGGUAAUGGUAGUCUUCUAGUGAAUCGUUCUAACAUCGGUGGGAUAUCUGAGCUUGAGCAACUGCUAAAGCAGAAGACGUUCACAAGAUCUGAGGUAGAACGCCUUACAGAACUACUACGAUCACGCGCUGAAGUGCCAGUUGGCAAAAAAACUGAAGAAGCAUUACCGGAGCUAGCAUCCGAUUUGGGAAGGCAUAAACAGUUCUCUAGUAGUCCAUUGGAGGAAGACAGAAAUGAGAAGGAUAGAUCUCAUGGAGUUAAUUCGACUAUUGUCAAUUUGAGAGUCCUUGAGGAUGAUAUUGCUUCUCCUGCCGAACUCGCGAAAGCUUACAUGGGCAGUGGGCCUUCAAAGAUAUCACCUUCCAAGUUGGGGUUGCGUGGUCAAAUUGGAGUGGAAGAUGCAAGGUUGCUUAGCAAUGUUCCAUUUACUCCAAAAUCAUCUAUAAUGUCAUUGACAACAAGAGCUGCUGUUAACGUUGGGGUUCCAGAGAAUGGUUUUAUAACCCCAAGAUCUAGAGGCAGAUCAGCAAUCUAUAACAUGGCUCGUACUCCAUAUCCCAGAUUUCAUGCAACAGCCACUCUCAAGGGAAGUGGAUCCACUAAUAAUGGACCCUCACUGUCGACAUCUCAGUCUCUACUGGAACAUGAUGUGUCUAAGCAAGUGAGCUUAAAACGAAGGAGUUCAAUAUUGGAUGAUGAUCUUGGAGCUGGUGGUCCCAUGCGGAGAAUCCGACAGAAACCUAAUCUUUUGUCUCCCAGAAUUCCUCAUUCAGCUGGUGGAGUGGGAAUGGGUUUUGAUGGUAUGCGAGGACCUUGGAAGCAAAAGCUUCCAUUAGUGGAUGAACCUAAUUAUAAGGAUUCAAUAACCGUUCGAAAGAAUGAGGAUGACAGCAUUCCAAGCACAAGUUAUACUCGUGUUCCUUCUAAAUCCACUGAGGUGGCUUCAAGAAUAUUGCAGCAUCUUGAAAAGCUAAACCCGAGGGAAAAAAUCUCAGAACCUAAACUAGUUGCCUUGCGGGAAAAAACACCCACUAAAUUGACACCAAACAUGCUUCAUGGACAAGCUCUGAGGAGCCUGGAGGACAUGGAAUCCUCAAAGUUGCUGCAGGAUGUUCACGAUGGCCGUAAGUUAGAUUGGCCCAUUGUAACUUCACCUGAUGCUCAUGACUUCGGUUCUCAAAUGAAAGGCAUAGUAGACUUGACAGGGCCAAAAGAUCUUGAUAUCCCUCAUGACAUGACUCCUGCAAUGAACAACGAUACCACAGAAUCACAGAAAAUGUCUGGGUCCAGUGUUGAAGCAGUUGAUUCUGUUGGUAAAAAAAUUGCAGCUCAGCCUUCUCAAAGGAAACACGCUUUUAGGAUGAGUGCGCAAGAAGAUUCCUUUGAGCUGGAUGAUGACACACACUGCAACGGGGUUGAACCUAGACCAUUUGCUGAAGGGAUAAUAACAACAGAAACCUCUCUUAGCAAGCCCUCACCUACUGAAGAACCAAAGCUGGACGAAAUCACACCUCUGUCAGAAGAGAAGUCAAUUCCAGGUCCUAUAUCAAACAAAAGAAGUGACGUGGGAAUUGAUGCCAUCUCGAAAGGAGAACCAAGUACUGGCCCUUCUUUUUCUGUUUCACAGGCUACCAGCACAGUUUCACAAUCAGUGGUGCUCUCCCAACUUGUCACUGCAGCUGACAAACCAAAGGAAGCUAAUGAUACGCAUCCCUUGUUCAGUUUUAGCUCCAAAACUCUUAAUGAGGUUCCUUCGUCUGCAUUCUCAUCCUUACCUUCUGACUCAUCAAGCAAAAAGCCAUUUACUUGGUCAGAAUCUAAACCAGAAAACUUCAGCAGCUUGGUCAAUGUGGCUUCUGCUGUAACAGGAGCUCAGCUGGGAAUUUUUGGUUCAGAUAAAGGUGGCCAUCUGAAUUCCCUGAUAUCUGGUGAUACUAAUGGAAAAUCUGAAACUCCUUUAUCUGUUACAUCAAACGGACCACGCUAUUCAAGUUCUCCUGCCGUCUCAGCCACUGCAGCUUCCACAAGUGAUACAAAUCAGAUCUCUACUGGGAGUUCUAGCCUUUUUACCUCUUCAACUAGCAUUUCAAACUUUGGCUCCACUGGUUCCACCACCAUUACCUCUGCUGCGUCCACAAGCAGCAUUUUUGGGUCAACUGUGGCACCUUCAUUUUCAGCUGUACCUACUUUCAAGUUUUGUUCGGCUGUGGAUCCAUCACCUGCUGCUGUUUCUCUAGCAUCAGCUACAACCAUUAUGGAAUCAAGAGAUUGGAAAACCAAAUCAGAGAAAGAUACAAAUUUUGGCAGCUCAAGUAAUUCAUCAAUUAUGGCAGUAAGCUCCGGAAAUAGCACUUUUCAACUUGGAUCUUAUGUCACUUCAACUGCAAAUAACGUUUCUCAGGGUUCUCUUUUUAGUAGUGGCAGUGGAUCACUGGUGUCUGGGACUGUUACUCAAAGCAUGCCUAUUUCAUUUGGCUCAUCUUUACCAUCUUCCAGUAUCAGUAACAAUACAUCAUUUGCAUCUUCCUCGGCCAAUUCCCAAGUGCCCAUUUCAAACAUUAAUUUUGGUUUCAGUUCUGCAGCUUCCUCAUCUGAGACCAAUGGGGUUGAUUCUGGCAGUGGGCCAGCAGCUAGUGUAUUCAAAUUCGGUGUGAGUUCUGCUGCUGCUUCAGAUGUUGGUGCAAUUAGCUCCAGCAGUGGUGCCACUACUGGAAUAUUUAGUUUUGGUCUCAGUUCUUCCUCUUCCUCCGCCAACGUAGUUGGCUCAACCAGUGGUGCCACUCCUAGUGUAUUCAGUUUUGGGAGCAGUUCUGCUGCUUCCACACCGGGAAUCAAUGCUGCUAGCUCCUUCAGCAGUGGUACUUCUGGUAUAUUCAGUUUUGGUGCAAGUUCAUCGGCUGCCUCUUCAGCUACCAACUUGGUUAGCUCCAGCAAUCCUACUACUAACUUAUUUGGUUCUAGUUGGCAAAGUCCCAAGUCUCCAAUUCUUGGUUCCACUUUCACUUCUCCAUCCCCAUCAACUGGAUUUGCCUUUGGUGCAUCAUCGUCUUCCUUCGCAGCUACAAACACUGCACCAAUGGUAUUUAAUUCGUCCACUGGGGCCUCAUCAAACCCAUUUUCUUCAUUUACUACAGCCUCAGCUGCAGCCUUAUCUUCACCAUCUCUAUCUCAUACACAGCCAGUAUUUGGUAAUCUUCCUGCUUUUGCAGCCUCUCCUGGGAAUGAUCUGAUGAAUGCCGAAGACAGUAUGGCCGAGGAUACCAUUCAGUCGUCUGCACCUUCUGUUCCCGUAUUUGGUCUACCAGCCAUCUCACCUUCUCCCCCAGGAUUCAUGUUUGGGUCAACAGUUCCAUCACAACCCAAUCCCUUUCAAUUUGGUGGCCAGCAAAAUCAAGUUCCUCCACGGAACCCUUCUCCAUUUCAGGCAUCGAGUAGUCUAGAAUUCAAUGCAGGUGGGAGCUUCUCAUUGGGCAGUGUUGGUGACAAGUCAGGUCGAAAGUAUGUGAAGGCUAGUAGAAGUAAGAACCGGAAGAAGUAG